AUGGGAUGGUACCUGCGAGUCGCGAAUUCUCGGAACUGCGCGCGACCAACGGCUGAUGUAACUCCCGCCGUGCGCUCGUUCAUCGGCGAGCAUCGUCGGGAAAGUUGCAAGCGCGUAAGUCUCAGCUUUCAGCGAGAGUUCGCAUUCCAGCGCUGGUCGCCCGCGAGGAAGCAAGCUUCCAAAAUCCCUCCCAUCUACGAACGUCUAACAACCAGCAACAUUUCAGUUGAGGAAGGAGGUGUUUUUAACGUAUCAAAAUCAUGCAACCGUCAGCAGCUUCCGUCAUCUGUUUCUCGUGGCGUGAGAUCGCGGCCACUGGGCGAAGGCAUUGUCGCCUCUACGAAGGUAGAUACCAUACCUCUGCUGAGCCCGACGAUGGAGUCCGAAAUUUUGAAGGAGCCUUGGGUAUUCCCGCGCACAAAGGCAAGUCCGACGAAAGAAGAGGACACCUCUGCUUGGGAGGAGGACUUUCAGGAUCUGAGCAGUUGGUGCAUGGACACGUUCCAGGCUCAAUGCGAUUUUCAUAUAGGUGAAUCGACUACGUUUAAACUAUCAGGUACGAAAUACGAGGGUAACGGCGUUUCGACUGUGGAAGAGGACGGGAUAUUAAAGGGUUUGAGGAGUAGUACUGAUGAGAAGCGGAACUUAAAAAUGGAUACCGUUAAGAUGACGACCGAAGAGUCAAGUGACAAUCGUCACUUGCCGCUGUCGCCACUGAAUAACAAAUGCGAGAAAGGGUAUGGUAACGAGGAGAACUAUGCGUCCAGCUCGUGGUUAAUGUCACCCGAAUCUACAGCUUCUACAAGUACUUCAUCGAGUAAACAGCAUAACACAACCGAUGUUAGCGCACCAUUCCAACCUGAAUAUCGCAGGAGCAACGAUUACGCUUGCCUGACCUCGUUUAAUUCCACCGCAAGCCAGCACGAAAAAUGGGACGAGUUACCUACAAUCGAGGCGAUUGGGUCGGACACGUUCGACUUAUUGUCAUAUCUUUGCGACGACGAAAUCUGUUCACCGGAGGGUAGCGUUUCUACCGACUCUUCGGCGAUGUUGAAACACAGACCGUUCGCGACGUCGUCACCGACACUCACACCGAGCUCUGCGAAGGUGAAGACCGACGAGAUGAGUGAGCCGCCAAAGCGUCGGAGAAUGGAGACUCGUGCGACGUCGACAAUGACCUCGUCGUCUUCCGUAGAGAUCCCCACGACGUCAUCUCGGAGAUCAGAGAGGACAAGGUCAUUAGCUAGUAACAAGGACAAGGAGAGAACUACCGUGAAGGCGAAGAGAGACAAGAGCGAAAAGAAGAAAUACUACGAGAGCGACUCCGAAGGCGAGGAUGUCACCCUCACGCAAUACAGAGAAUCUCGCGAGAAGAACAACGAGGCGUCGCGGAAGUCGCGGAUGAACAAGAAAGCGAAGGAGUCGGAGAUGGCCAUGAAGGCGAUGGAAUUGGAGAAGGACAACAAGAUCCUGAAGAUGAAGGUCGAGGAGCUGGAAAAGCUCGUGACGUCGAUGCGCAACGCAUUGCUGCAGUCCGCGUUGAAGAGGGAGUUUUGAGUAUGCGUUAUUUUACAUUCAGACGUUCUCGAGAGAAACAAUGUCGCGCGUAAUUUAUCCGAUCGAUAAAUACGUUACAUUCUAUUUUCAUCCGUUAUGCAUGCGCUGUUACGCGACGAUUAUAUCUCUCGAUGAGAAAUCGCAAUCGACGCCGACCUGUUUGCCUUAACUGUUGCGAGAUGCGAGGUUUCAAGGUGUCCCUAAAGGCUUACUAUUAUUGUUACUUUGGUGUUGUUUUGCCGCUGAGACGCGGCUGCCGUCUACCGGCAGGUAUCUGUAUUUUUAUGCAACUUAAUUGUCCAAACUAAACUAUCCGCCGGAAGAAAACAAGCGAUAGGCUACUUGUACAUUGUUGUUGCGAUGCGUGUUAAGAUGCAACGUUUGGCUUGCUAUGUCGGUACACGGGGAAAUAUUGUAUAUUAAUCGAGAGUUUAUUUUGCUAUAACAAAAGACACUGAGAGAUUAGAGUAUUUUACGGAGUACAUGACACACAGAUAUAUACACACACACACACACACUAUUGCGUGCGCGCGCGCACACAAGUAAAUAUAUACAAUAUAUCUAUAAUAAGUUAUAUUGUUUUGUAUACAUCAAGAGAGGGUACUACACGAGCAGACACACGACUUUAAAUGAUGCAGAAUCAUAACAGAGGUUUAAUUGAUUCGAACAAAAUCACAUAUAGUCAUAUUUUGUUCAGCCUUGUAUUGUACCUGAUGCAAAAAGAAGAAAAAAACAAGAAUAAUCACAUGCAUAUAGAAAGUUCUAUCGCAGAGAAGCAUGUAAUUGGUAUAUUACACAGUUUUCUACUACUACUACUGGUGUGGAAUUAACGAUAUCGAUAUGAUGUAAGAGCAAAAUCCAAUAAAAACUUUGUUUCAGAAAACAGA